UCCACAUCACCAUGGAUCGACACUCUUCCCAGCUUCAAACAUCAAAGAAUCAUUAGCCACUUCAGCACUUCACUUCUAUAUAGCAAAAUCAUUUACCAAUUUAGAUGCAUGAAUCAACUCUUAUUUGAACGGUCCACCGGCAGAAUCGGGCCAAAUGUCUUUGCCAGGCUAGAAACAACGCGGUUCCUGAACUCCUUCUGCGACGCCCCACAGUUCCGGUUCGACGGAGGAGAGCGGCUUCGAGGUAGCGCCGUGCAGGUCGAUGAGGCUGGCUCAUCUGUGACUUCGGAUGCCAAAACCUCUAUCUGGGCACAUCAGGCCGGUGUGAACGCUCUCGCUAUCGAACGCUUUGAUGGCCGUCUCCUCAUCUCAGGCGGCUCAGAUGCCUCGGUGAAACUAUGGGAUCUCGAGCAAUGCGGAAACCCUUCGACAAGUCACAUUUUCAAAGCCAUUUCUCAGGUUCCUCGAUCUGAAAAGGGACACAAAUUCGGGAUUACAACCUUGAGUUUCUAUCCCUUCGACUCAGCAGCGUUCCUGUCGACGUCGUAUGACCAAACCCUGAAGCUAUGGUCCACAGAUACCCUUAGCGUAUCUGGUUCGUUUCCUCUUGGGUCAAAGGUAUACACUCACACUGUAUCUCCAAUAGCAUCGCAUUUGCUAGUUGCCUGUGGGACGCAACACCCAGCCGUAAGACUGGUAGACCUGCGCUCAGGAUCCAAUAUUCAGUCGCUUGCGGGUCACACAGCUGCCAUCUUAGCCGCCGCAUGGUCGCCACGCCACGAGCAUAUCGUCGCUACAGGAAGUGUGGAUGGCACCGUCAGAAUCUGGGAUGUCCGUCGUGCUGGAGGUGCAAUCGGCAUGUUGGACCAAGAGGACAGUCUUGGUCUCUACCGCAAUGGACUCCUCGGAUCCGAUGGCAAAGUGCGUACGAGAAUGUCGGCAAAAGCACACUCUGGCCCCGUCAACGGACUUACGUGGACUGAUGAUGGGGCGUACAUUGUCUCUGCCGGCCAAGAUAGACGCAUUCGUGUCUGGGACGCUGCUACGGGGGCUAAUACUCUGGCAAACUUCGGGCCCAGCAUCAAGAACAGCCACCUUGCGAGCGUGACUAUGUUCACAUCGCCGCUGGGACUCACACAUCCCGGCAAGGAAGUACUUUUCUGGCCCAACGAGACCGAAUUGUUAGUGAUGGAUUUGCACGAUGGCCACACCAUCACGAAACUGAGAGGCACGGGUCCAGCCAUGGCCGGAGUGAAGUCGGCAAUCGGCGCAGGAAGCGCGGUCAAGAAUCGGGUUACAAGCAUCGCUUGGCGCGGGGCAGGAGGUGGAGGUUCCUCUAGUGGUGUGGUUAUGGGCGGAACAAACAUGGCCGGAGCCCUUUAUAGUGCACAUAUGGAUGGUCAGAUCAGGGCAUGGACGCCCCAGCUGGAAGGCUUGGACGAAGAGGGUGAAGAUGAUGGGAACACAGAAGUCAGUGAGGACAAAGCCAAGAAACGGAAGGCUAUGAAUGAUGUCUUUCAAAAUUUGAUGGGGAAGAAGAUUACAUUUAUCUAAGAUAUUCCACGUUGAAGACGCAUAGAUAGCGGAAGCUAAGUUUCAUUGUCCAAGUUCCAUUUCAGCUCAUUCGCUUGCUCACAUCAAGAGUGACAGGUUAUAGAAACCGGCUGUGGGUUCAUUUACGUCAUUAAAAGUUGCAAUGAUAGUUCAAAGCC